UUAGAUGGCCUCACCUACUAAGCAUUCUGCGGAAGCUUUCUGGUGGCUCUAACAUUGCGGAAAUGGACGAUAUUGUGCAACAGUUGUCUGCACUCCAGCGUGCUACACUUGUCAGCGAAGAUCCUGUCACGUGCUGUGCAUAUUUUCACAAGUUGGUAAACAUCUUUCUGCGCCUUCUGUCAUCGACCAGGUUGAGCCCGUUCGGCAAAUACCACGUUGUAGAUUAUUUUAAGAGGAUCGAGUUCCAGCAUCGUGGCAGCCCGCAUGCACAUAUUCUGCUCUGGCUGGCGAACGAUCCCCGUGAGGAUGUUUCCGAAAGAAUGCCCGCUACUGUUGAGUUGAUCGAUUUUCUGUGCUCCAUCAGAUCGGAAGAUCUGCCUGAGACCUAUGGCAAUCAGGGUUACAUCAAUCGACGGAUUGUAUCUGACGAAUGCCAGUAACUCAUUCCGGUUCCACCACGGAAAGGGUUCUAUGACCCCUAGAAUGAACGACCUUCGGACGGAACUUGAACGUUUGAGUAACCAUCGUAUGCGCACCAUUACAGACGAUAUCAUGGAAGCUAUAACCGCAAACAGGUUGGCUUGUACGUUGAUGAGCAUCAAUGUACAAAGUUUGAAUGCACACUCGUCGGACAUUGCAACAGAUCGGGUGCUUACCGCCGUUGAUUUGCUUGCAAUGAGCGAAACUUGGCUUGACAACGGCACAACCACAAACAUCAAUGGAUACCUUUGUGUUUGUCAAGAGA